CUAUUUCCUCGCUUAGCAUGGAGAGAGGAAGCUAUUCUGGGUCAUCGAAGAGGAGGUGAAGCAGGUCAAGUGAAGAAGACAUAGGACCAGUACCUUGGAUGGCUGUCUUGCUGGGACGACAAGCCAUGCUCCAUGGCUGUGAAUCCCUCUCUCCCUCUUCCCUCCAUGAUGGUUAGCUCAACGAGAGAGCGGCUAAGGGGAAUCAGAAGAGCCAUGUAUUCUUAGAUGUACAACAGCAUCCACAGAAAUCUACGAACAACCUGAAGCGCCGACUCCCACCAGUCAAUACCACAAUCACGUGCAUUCCCUCGACCUCCUCAACCCGAGAGCCUCACUCCCAAAACCGACAAUCCUUAUCAAACAAACCCAUACUCCAAAUAUGACUCUCAAAUUAACCCCCUCGGCAUUCAUCAAACCAAGUUCCGGCAUUGGCCACAACGUAUAUAAACACAUUAGCCAGCCAUCUUAUCAACUUCGGCAACCGGCAGUUCUACCUGAUCCUGGACAUACCCUUCCCCCCGCACAAUAUCCACUCAGGCAUCAGAGAUCAGAUACGAAGAAAGUAUUAUAUAAUAGAAAUAACCUCAAGAUGUUGUGGAAAGUCUUUACCUCGCUUGUGCUGCUGGCUUCGAGGAGUCAUGCUUCCCCUUCUUUCGCGACGGCUCCUAUGUUGAGGUUCAGUUGCUCGCAGCUUGUUGUUGAGCGUUUAGAUCCUCUCGUCAAUCCCGGCGUCAACCCAUCACCGCAUCUCCACCAAAUCGUCGGAGGAAACUCCUUCAACACAACAAUGGACCCCGCAAACGACAUGCCCACCCUCUCCACCUGCACAACCUGCACCUUCUCCGAAGACUUCUCUAACUACUGGACCGCGGUCCUGUACUUCCGCGCCCGCAACGGGACCUAUAAACGCGUGCCUCAAAUGGGCAACGAGUUCCUCGAACAGCAGAACGGCGGACUGACCGUAUACUACAUCCCGCCGUAUGACGGCCAUACGAACGUCACGGCCUUCAAGCCCGGGUUCCGCAUGCUGGUCGGAGAUCCCAUGUUGAGGACAGAUACGAAUACGUCUGAGGCAAAUUCGAUGAGCUAUCGCUGUUUCGAGAAGAAUUGGGGGCAGAUAGAUACUUAUCCGGGGGGAGGCAACGAUACGAGGGACUUUCCCAGUGUGCCGUGUCCGGGUGGUAUUCGGGUUAAUAAUUUCUUCCCGACGUGUUGGGAUGGUGUCAAUACCGAUAGUGCGGAUCAUAAAAGCCAUAUGUCGUAUCCUGCGAGCGGAUCUUUUGAGUCGGGUGGGCCUUGUCCGGCGAGUCAUCCGGUGAAGGUUCCGCAGGUUAUGUUUGAGACGGUUUGGAAUACGACGGAGUUUAAUGAUAAGGCUUUGUGGCCUGAAGAUGGGUCGCAGCCGUUUGAGUGGAGUAUGAAUGAUCCAACUGGUUGGGGACAUCAUGGAGAUUAUGUUUUUGGCUGGAAAGGAGAUGCUCUCCAAAGAGCGAUGGAUAACUUCUGCCACCAGGACUGCCCCACUCUCAAGACUCAAAGUUACGACGAUGCAAAUAAGUGCACCAAAGCUCCGGUGGUCAAUGAACCGAUUGAUGGAUGGUUACCUACCCUCCCAGGCAUUGCACCACAAUAAUCGACCAAAUCUGCUAGCGAAGCGAUAAAUAUAGAACUACAUGAUCGCAGAAUGUGCAAUUCUUG